AUGUGGACUAUAGAAAAUGACGGAGGAUUCUUUGACGGUAAAACGCGGUGGCUCGUUCCCGGCAAGAAAUAUCUCUUCGGUAGGACGGUUUCGGAAGAUGGUCAUUUCGCGAUCGCCGACAAGUCAGUAUCAAGACAGCAUUUAACGAUAGAGGUUGGAGUUCCUGGUCCAGAUGAUUGUAGAAACCCCAAAAGCCGGUCAAAAGUCAUUUUAAAUGACCAAAAGACUAAAGCUGGUACCACGGUAAAUGGAAAGCAAAUCAAGGGUAUUGAGAACUAUGAGCUUAAGAGUGAACUCAAUGAAAUAAUGAUUGGAAGAUCUAAGCAUAUAUUCCGAAUUACUUGGUGCCCUAUUGCUUUAUCAUUCUCAUUCUCUCCAAAAGAAUUGAAGGCCAACCCUCUCGAAGCGCUUUAUGCAAUAUUUGGUCCACUCGACGUAAAAGUUCUUACCGAAUAUGAACGUGAUGUAACGUCUCAUGUUGUUGUCAAGAAACGCAACACAGCCAAAGGACUUCGAGCUUUGAUUAAUGGAAAGUAUAUAGUGGAUAAUGAUCCAUUCAUCAAAGCAAUUAUUGAUGCCACUACGCCAGAACCAGAUGGUACUUGUAGCUUGGAGAAAGAUUUCAAAAAUAAUUUCCCAGAUGCUGUCCAAUAUCUUCCUGAACGCGGCACGGAACCUACAGAUGAACCCGCAACAUCUUAUGCUCCCGACCUCUCGAGGCAGACUAUGUUUGAUGGUUAUACCUUUGUUUUCUACGAUAAAGCUCAAUUUGAGACACUUCUAGCGCCUAUUACUGAUGGACGUGGUAAAGCAUUAUAUCGUGAAGUUACACCUACACAAACUCCGGUGAAUGACUUUGUAAGAUAUGUAAAGAAUGUGGCAGGAGAAAAAGGGGUUGGUGAGUUCGAGGAUGGAAGCGAAGGGAAGGGUGUUGUGGUUGUGGGCUUCUAUCCCACAAAAGGAGAAGGUGUUGAAUGGUUCCAAGACUUUGCUAGUCAAGUUGCUCUGGCUUUGGAUCAACGACUUAUAUUACAAAGUGAAUUCUUGGAUGCAGUACUCAAGACAGAUGCAAGAUUGUUGAGAAGAUCUCUUGAAAUAGAGAUGUCUGGAGUCGUGGCUCCAGCCUCGACACCAGCUACAUAUCCAAACGCUGGUAGGCUAACAGAGGCGCCUGCUGAGUCUCAUCCAAUUUUACCCCCCAAGACUAAUGCAGCUGAGACUUUUAAGUCUAAUCCAGCUGGUGCUUCCUCCACAGCUUUUGCUUCUAAGGAUGCUAUCUCGCAAGAGGCUCAAUUUCGAAGAGGUAGAUCAAGGAGAGCUGUGACUAGUCGUUUCAGUGGUUUUGAUGAUGAUGACGACGAUGAUCCCCCACCAGCACCAGUCUCUCUAGCUUCUAUACCCGAGGCUAUGGUAGUAGAACAAGAUCUUCCCGCAGAAUCCCAGGGUCUUUUUGUUUCUCAAGAUCCUAGUCGCGAGAUUGAUACUUGCCGCGCAAUGUCCCAGUCUGUGGAACCUGAAGAAUCAUCUCAACCGACACGGCGAUCAACAAGAAAAAGGUCUGCACCCCCCAUCGCCGAAGAAAAGUCAUUCAUGGAUAGCUUUGCACCAACUACCGCCUCCUUCAAGCGUCAACGUCGAGAGAGAGGCGAGCCAACUCCUCCACCUCCUAUCAUUAAAAAAGAAGUGGUGGCCCCCGAAUUGGUGAAAAAGAAAGAAAAGGAAGAAGUUGAUAUCGAAGCCUUGGUAGCCCAGCAACUUGAACGUGCUGAAGCUGCCGCACAAGCCGAAGAAAAAUCUUUGAAACAAGCUGUCUCAACAAUCGAUAUCGAAGAAAUGCGCAAGCUAACGAUAGUCGAGGAUAUGGAAGUUAAGCGAUCCAAACCGGCACCUAAAACGACUAGGCAUAUGGACGAAGGUGACAGAUGGGACGAUAAAUGGAACGGACGGAAGAAUUUCAAGAAAUUCAGAAGAAGAGGUGCAGAAGAUGGACCAGUAAGAGCUCACGCUAGGGUUAUCGUACCUCUUGAAGAAGUCAAGAAAAGGGGCGAUGGAAACGGUGACGAAUAUUGGGGUCUAGAAGGAAACGACAACGACACGCAACUCCGAAGAAACAGAGUCAAAGGCAAAGGAAAAGAGACACAAGCCCAAGCCGGAAUAGAAACCCCAGAAACACAAACACCCAUCUCCUCAACCCGCUCCAAAGCAAAAGCAAACCCGAAAUCAAAACCACAACUCCGAGAAAUCACCUCGGAAAAUGAAGAUGAGGAAUUACCUGAAAAUCCUAUGAAUGCGCGUGCGUUAAGCGCAGAAGCGGAGAUUAUACCGGAGUCGGACGAUGAAAAUCAAAAUCAACUUGGAAAUGGAAAUGGAAAUGAAGACGACCCAAGCGUAUUCCGCUCUCUCACCCCAGCAUCCACAGGACGAAGUUCACGCGCUUCGACGACGCAGAGGGAGAGUAUGAGGAGUAGUGGGGUGAGUGGAAUUGGACGAGAGGGUAGUAUUGGUCUUGGGGUUGGAGCGAAUGGGAAUAAGAGGGCGGCGGCGAAUUCGUUAGCGAAGACGGCAGCGGUUAAGAGGGUGAGGGCGGGGGUUGGGAGUGGAAGUGGAAGUGGGAGGAGAAGGAUAGUGGAGGAGGAGGAGGAGGAUGAGGAUAGGUUUGUGUUUAGGUAA